CUGUCCCCCCUCCUCCGUUCAAGCAGACAUGCCCGCCCCCAACGCCAACCUCUCUGCCCUCCUCGAGGCGAACAAAAAGCACGUCACGCCCGCCCUCGGGCGCCUGCACGACCACAUCAUCGUGCGUGGCGAGGGCGCGCGCGUGUGGGACGAGCAGGACAAGGAGUACAUCGACUUGACCGCCGGUAUCGGAGUCACCAACCUUGGCCACUCUCACCCCGCCGUCACCGCCGCUGUCAUCAACCAGGUCCAGCAGGUGUCGCACGUCCAGUGCUCGAUCGCCUACUCGGUGCCCUACCUCCAGCUGAUCGAGAACCUCGUUCCCAUCAUGCCGGACAAGUCGCUCGACACGUUCUUCUUCUGGAACUCGGGCGCCGAGGCCAUCGAGUUCGCACUCAAGCUCGUCAAGCGCGCGACCCAGCGCCCCAACAUUAUCUGCAUGCAGGGUGGCUACCACGGCCGCACCUUCGCCGCGUCGUCCAUCACCCGCAGCAAGACGGUCUACACCCUCGGCUCGCAGACCAUGGGCGGCGUCUACGCCGCCCCUUUCCCGUACUGGCACUCGCUCGGCGUGUCGCCCGACACCCCCGAGGAGGAGCUCGUGGCCAUGGCCAAGAUCCAGCUCGAGCUCCUUGUCAAGCAGCAGGUGGCGCCGUCCGACGUCGCCGCCAUCUUCUGUGAGCCGGUCAUCGGUGAGGGCGGCUACGUGCCCGCCCCGGCGUCGUGGCUGCGCUUCCUGCGCGAGUUCUGCGACAAGCACGGCAUGCUCCUCGUCAUCGACGAGGUGCAGACCGGCUUCGGGCGCACCGGCAAGAUGUGGGCGUCUGAGCACGUCGAGAACUUCGCGCCGGACGUCAUGACUUUCGCCAAGGGUCUCGCGAACGGCUUCCCCCUCUCGGGAGUUGUCUCGCGCCGCGAGAUCAUGGAGAAGCAGGAGCCCGGCACCAUCGGCGGCACGUACGCCGGCAACGCGAUUGCGUGCGCCGCCGCCGUCGCCGUCACGGAAGUGUUUAAGACACAGCCGAUUCUCGAGAACGUCAACGCGCGCUCGAAGCAGAUCUUCGACACGCUCCACGCGCUCCGCGCCUCGCCCAAGACCGCCAAUCUUAUCGCGGACGUGCGUGGCAAGGGCUUGAUGGUCGCGAUGGAGUUCCGCACCGACGACGCCCUCACGCAGAGGGGCGCUACCGGCCCCAUCCCCAAGGACAUUGGCAAGCGCGUCCAGAAGAAGAUCAUCGACCAGGGCAUCUUCGUCCUCACCACCUCGUGCUUUGACACCAUCCGCUUCAUCCCGCCCCUUGUUAUUACUGAGGAGGAGAUGGCGGCCGCGUGCAAGGCUAUUACUUCGGCGGUCGAGGAGGUCGCGCGCGAGGGGUAGGGUGUUUAGAUUUGAUGUUGUUCGGGCUGUAGUGUAUGCAUAUUGAUUCGGCAAUGGGCCGG